GCGUCAUCGCAGAAACUCCGCCCCUCCUUUCCGCACUCUAAGAGGGUCAUCACUGAUCAGGCUGCUCGGCUGCGCAUGCGCGCUGGCGUUUGAAGUCCUGUGAUCUGGACCGGGGUAGCCAUGUGGCGGAUUUCGGGGCUCCUGUCUAGAGCCCUGAACCGCUUCCAUGCAGCCAACGUCCAGGGCUGUGUACAUGGGGAAGCUGAAACACUGAACCCUUCCUCCUUGAUUCCCUUGGGACAGAAUGCAGGUAGCAGAAGUUACAACUCCCAGUCUUCAGGUGAACACGGUGGUCAGAAUGGACAGAGACAGAAGAAAAAAGGGAACUUUCAGUUCUGCACUGGUCAGCUGCCACGGUACUGCAUGCUGGAUGCUGUUGGAGUGGGUGCAGCAGCUGUAUUUUUCCUGCAUUUGGCUCGCCAGAUCUCGUUCCAUUACUCUACCAGUCCCUCUCGGGAAGACAGACGCCCUCGAAGUACUUAUCUGGAACAGAUCCUUGCAUCUUUCUCCCAAUGCAACAAUCUCUCUGUGAAAAGUCACAUUGUGCCAAAAACAAUCCAGCCUUGUACCUGGAAUGAUCUGCGUUUGCAAAGUGAAGCUACUCGGCAAGAUGCAGAUGCCUCCCUCGAGCUCUCCUCUUCAGCACCCUCUAGUGGCCCACUUCAGGUGGCGGAACAAGGAGAAUCACGGACUGAGGACUUUCUUGAUAUCGACUCCUCAUAUGAACCAGACAGUAGAGAGGCUAACGUGUUAAAAUCUACUCAAGAGCCAUUGGAACCAAAGGAAGAAACUGGAGAAUCUCUUCAGGGUGCUGCCUCGCGACUGUUGGACAUUACGGAGACCAGCAUGCCUACAGUGCUGAAUAUCUUUGGUAUCGUCAGUGCAAGAGACAGUGAAGACUAUGGAACUGCCUUCCAGUUUUUCCGGGAGUCUGCAGAAGCCGGCUACAGCAAGGCUCAGUACAACACAGCUGUAUGCUAUGAGAAAGGGAAAGGUGUCAAGAAAGAUAUGGCUAAAUCUGCAGAGUUUUAUCUCUUAGCUGCCAGAGGAGGGCAUCAGCAAGCCAAAUAUCGCUAUGCCCGUUAUGUCAUUAAUGCAAAACCUGAAGACACCCAUUCAGCAGUUAAAAUGAUGCAAGAAGCAGCUGAAGCGGGGGUGAAGGAGGCUCAAGCCUAUCUGGGGGUCUUCUAUAGUAAAGAAUCACAUUUUGAUCCUCAGAAAGCAGCCAAAUAUUUUUGGAUGGCAGCUGAAAAUGGGGAUGUACAAAGUCGGUAUAAUCUUGGCGUGUGUUACGAAAGAGGAUUUGGGGUUCCAGCCAGCAGACAGGAGGCUUUAAGACAUUUUGAAAGAGCUGCAAAAUUGGAACAUGUAGCAUCUCAGCAGAAACUCCAUGAAAUGCAACUUCAUGUAAAUGAUGAACUAAGUUCUCCUCUAGCCAGUCUUCGAACAACUUCCAGCCCCUGUCUUCCUGUUUUGGAGCGUCUGAAGAUCCGGAUGAAACCCAACAGCAACUUAUCUGCAAACAGCACAAGCAACCUGGGGCUACCUCAUUCACUGAGCACUGGCAACCUAAUGAUGUGUCCAACGGAGAGCGGCAGCUACCUCUUGGCACCGACGCAUGUGACGGGCAUAGCACUUCCAAUGGCCUCUCUAAGAGCCAUUGGAGUUGGAUGAGCAGUUUUACAGGAGGCAGCUACUGUGCACCAGGAUAUUUGAAAUCUGGUUAUCCACAUGAAUUGCCUCGGUGGCACAGGAUGUGCCACAAGCCAUUGCACCUUGUAGACUGUAUCGGAAAUAAUAUAUUGGUGUUAAUAUGAUGUGAGCAGAUCUUUUGCCACAUCUGAUCAGUAUAAUUCUAGUGCCUUAAUCAGCCUCUCUGCAGCCAGUAUCACUCUUAAUAAUGGAGGACAGGCCUCAUUUAUCAGCACUGGUAAGAUAUAGCCUAGCCGCAGCAGUUGGUAAAGGUAAAUUGUAAAAGUUUUAAAGGGGUUGCGCCAAAAUUUAAGUUAUCCCCUAUCCACAGGCUAGAGGAUAACUAGCUGGUUGCUGGGCAUCCAACGUCUGGCACCCCCACCAAUCCCAAGAACAGGUCCUAUUCCCACAAUCGGAAGGCAGGUUCUGGUAAAUGGCAUCACCCGUCUGUUCCAUCUAAGGGACAAUGCUGAUGUCUGACAGUCAACACAGCCCCUGAAAGUAGUUUUAAAAGUACCACUUCUUGUCCCAUGCGGCCAAUCGUGUACAUGCCAGUCUGCACUGUCAUGCCAGGGGCAUGGAUUGAAAAAAAAAAAAUGUAAAAGAACGUAACGCACUACUUGCAAAAAGUGAAUGGGCGAUAGCUCCAUUGUUUUGGGUAUUGACUAGCUGGAAAAAAUAAUGUUUUUUGACAGACAGUUGGUUGUUAUUAUGAACAGUGGUUGGCCAUAAUGGAACAUGUCCUAUUUUUAUAGAUUUUUAUUUUUAUAUGCUCAUUUUAUGUCACAGUUUUCAUUAAUAACCAGAUUUUACUGUUACAAUCGCUCUGAACUACUCGAAUCAUAGCUAGAAUUAAUACGUGUAAACUGGCCACACAUGGCUGGCUUUCAAAGUCACUAAACAAAUGAUCCAUCAGUACUGGAGGAAGCUGGGGGGGAGUUGGAGGGAUUGAUUUAUUCUACUAUACAUCAUUACCAAAAAUUAUGUGUUUUGGGAUGUGUGUUUUGGUUUUUUGAUUCUGCUCUCUGUGGAGAAACUUUAUCCUCUGCCAUAUAUAGGAGAGCUCUCCUAACAGGUAUGACAGGAGGAGUUCUGCUCACACUGUCAUCAUGGCUGCCUUCUUUUAAUGCCCCUUUUCAUAAUGCCAGUUAGGAUGCAGGGAUUAAAAAAAUAAAAUAAAAAAAUCGGUGAUGUGUGCAGGCACGUGAGCUCUGCUACCACUCAGGUCAUUGAUCAGCCAGAAGUGGUGAGAUGUAAGUAGACAUCACGUCAUACUUCGAGUCUACGGGUGACCAGAAGCAGAGGAGAAGGGAGCUCCGCACUGGAACCAUAGCACCAGUGCCAGGUGAGUUCUUUUUUUGUAUCCUACCUGGCAAUAUUAAAAGGGGUGUCCGCUCU